AUGGCUCGCGAUGCCGGCGCACACAUGCAUGGCGAUGUCUCGCUGCUCUCCAUGUCGGCGGACGAUAGCGAAGACGUUGCAAACGUAUCUGCUGCGCUUGCACCGAUUCCCGAGUCGACGCGGGCGCAGUUACAGCGCUGGAUUCUCUCCAUUGCGCUCGUCAACUUUGACCUGGAGCUCGGCCCAGACGUAGAAUGCAUGUACCCCGCCCUGGAUAUCAGCAAGGAAGAAAAGGAUAACAUCGCGUUUAGCGCGUUUCCCGACACGACGGUCUUCAGCGACGGCAGUUUGGUGUUUUCAUGGCGUGUGCGCGAAGUACCGCUGGGCGCGUCGAGCGCAAUGCCGCCGCGCAUUCCCGACAUGACAGAGCCCAAGGUGCAGGAAACGGGUCCGCUGCGGCGCGUAUCACUGCGCCACUCGGCGCGCCAAAUCACCCGGUCAUUUCUCGGGGCUUCUUACGAGCUGGAAAGCGUGCCGGCGAACCGUCCGCCGACGUCCGGCAGUCGGUCGACCAGCUACAUGUACGGCUACACCUUCUUUCUCCAGAAACGCGAUCCGCUUUUGCGGCGCGGCUACUUUCAAAAGUCGCUGGUGCUGCUGAGCCACCUGCCGUACGUCGCACUCUUUGGCGAAAUGGCUGCGCGCGUCGGCCCCGUCUUUUUUGAGCAUGGCCUGCCGGUGCUCGAGUCGCUCGUGCAAGAGAUUGCGCAGUGGGCGGCGCCGAGUCCUGGAGCGAUGCUCUCGCUCCCGUGCAUAGGCAGCCUCCUUUCUGCCACCCUCCCGCAUGGGAACGAGGCGCAGAAUGGCGACUGGGCGAGCACGCAUGGGGCGCCGAUCCUUGCUUCUGUGCCGUCGACGCCGCUUCCUGUGGUAUUCCAGCAGCUCGUCCCUGAUUUGUGGCUUGUAUGGGAGUGCAUGCUGCUUGCCGACCCCAUCCUAGUCGUUGGCCGCGAUCCACGCUCGGUGAGCGAGGCUGUAUGGCACAUGCUGGACCUGAUCCGACCUGUGGCAUGUGCUGGCGACUACCGGCCCUACUUUCACAUCCACGACUACGAUUUCCGCGCGCUGGUUUCACGGAACAAGCCGCAAGCGGGAACCGUGCUGGGCGUUACGAAUCCCUUUUUCCUGCAGACCUGUGCCCACUGGCCGCAUGUGCUACAGCUAGGGUACGAGGCGUGCAAUGUCCCGCCGAAAUCCGCGCGGCGCGGCACUGUGGGCGCCUUGGCGCCUUCCUUUACAUCCAAGCGCAAGCGCCACGUCAGCAAGGACCGUGGUUUGCUGAGCGAGGUGCUUGCGCUCGCAGCCAAGCCCGACGGGCAUGGCAAGGCAAAUGUACUCUUGCGGCGCUACUUUGCGGAUCUCACCGAGCGGUUUCUCGCUCCGCUCAACCGGUACAUGGCCUCGCUCAUUCCCGCGCACUUUGAUCUGUCCUCGCCCGCAGAGCCGCCGCGGAUCAAGCCGUUUCAUAACGCCGACUUUCUUGCGUCGCUAAAGACGCACAGCACGCCGCUCAAAAUGCGCCAACGCUCGCUCUCGACGAAUGCAUCGCUGCGGCAUGCCCUUUACGCCGACUUUCUACAGUGCCCCAACUUUUCUCUCUGGCUCCAGGCGCGCAUCCACGCCGCACAAGAAGAACAGCGGCAGCGGAGGCUAGCGGCGCUGUGUACGGGCGACGUCGACGCCUUUGCGCGCGCACACUCCACUGCCGAGUGCACGGACCUUUACGUACGGCUUUUUGGGGAAUUGCGUACGGUGCAUACACAGCUAACACAGCCCGUGCAGACGCCGGGGCGCCGCUGGCGGACCGAGGGCGGCGUGCUGAAGCCCACGGGCACGGACGCGCGUGCAUUGGAGACACGACGUGCCCAGUUAAAAGCGCAGCUCGAGAAGCUCCAAUCCGCCAUGCCUGCAGAGCUGCGCGCCGAGCUGGACGCACAGCACGGCAGUGCAGACUAA